AUGAAUAAGAUCGUGAUAUUAGCGCUGGGCUUGCUGGUCUUCUUAGCACUUACGGAAGCUAGAUCACAUUCCUCUAGAAAGCAGAGCCACCACUCAUCAUGUGGUAAUAGCAAAGACAACGACAGCAGUGAGAGCAACGAGAGAAGUAAAAAAAAAUGUGAUGAUUCAUCGUCUUCCUCAUCUUCAUCGUCGUCAUCAGAAGAAGACGAUGAUAAAUGUGGCUACAAAAAUUCCAAAAAUGAUGAUUCUUCAUCUUCUUCAUCAUCUUCAGAGGAAGACAAUGAUAAUAAUAGAUGUAACGACUCCGAUGGUGACAAAUCUUCACAUCACCACAAGAAAGGAAAAAACUUCAAGGGUAAAAAGUAUGAUAAACAUUAA